AUGUUGUUCACUAGGAAAGUAAAGAACCUGGAAAAACCAAGUUUUCUGAAUGUUAUUGGGAUCCCACCGAGCUAUCUGAAUGUACCUUACGUCGAUUCCACUUUUGAAUCAGCAACAAUUCCAUAUGCAUCGCAGAUAUUUGAGAACACCACUUUGGGAAACAUUUACGCUACCUUGUUUAUCGGUACUUAUAAUUGGCUUGAACAGAUAGACACGGAGAUCAGGCGUCGUUCUCGAGAGAGAAUCUACCGAAAGUUUGCUCCGCACGGUCUACCCAUCCUCUCUCAAUCUCGCAUUCGGCAACCAGUCAUCCAGCGGUUAGAAGACUUGGAUGAGUAUAUCAGAAUGUUUUUGUUAAACGUGUCUGCUCUACAAGACACCAAUUCGAAACCGAAUGAUGUUGAACAUAAUGAUGACUUCAAUGAAAAGCCGAAGAAAACUUCUCCGCCCUUGUCAGUGUUGAACCCGGCUCCAUAUGACAAGUCUAACAGGACUUCAUCUUUCAAUCCUAAUAAUUCUUCCGAUCAAGAAAUUUCGGCCCAUAAAGAAGCUAUUAAUGUGCCGCCGUCAGGCAAUUCAGCCGGCGAACAAAACCUAUCACUCUCACCUUAUGGUAAAACUUCAUCUUUUGGUCCUGAUAAUCCGUUCGAUCAAGAGAUUUCACCUCAUAAAGAGACUAUCAAUGUGCCACCAUCGGGUAAUCUGGCCGGCAAUCAAAACCUAUCAUCUUCCCCUUCUGGUAAAGCUUUAUCUUUCGGUCCUGAUAGUUCUUUUGAUCAAGAGAUUUCGCCUCAUAAAAAGACUAUCAAUGUACCACUAUCGGAUAAUCUGGCCGGCAAACAAAACCUAUCCUCCUCACCUUUUGGUAAAACUUUACCCCUCGGUCCUAAUAGCUCGCUUGAUCAAGAGAUUUCACCUCAUGAAGAGACUAUUAAUGUACCACCGUCGGGAGGUUCAACCGGCAAGAAAAACCUGUCCUCCUCGCCUUCUGGUAAAACUUUACCCCUCGGUCCUAAUAAUUCGUUUGAUCAAGAGAUUUUGCCACCGUCGGGCAAUCUAGCCGGCAAGAAAAACCUGUCCUCUUCACCUUCUGGUAAAACUUUACCCAUCGGUCCUAAUAAUUCGUUUGAUCAAGAGAUUUCGCCUCAUAAAGAGACUAUUAAUGUAUCACCGUCAGGCAAUCCAGCUGGCAAGAAAAACCUGUCCUCUUCACCUUCUGGUAAAACUUUACCCAUCGGUCCUAAUAACUCGAUUGAUCAAGAGAUUUCGCCUUAUAAAGAGGCCAAUGAUGUACCACUUUCGGGCAAUCCAGCCGGCAAGAAAAAUAUGUCCUCUUCGCCUUCUGGUAAAACCAUACCCAUCGGUCCUAAUAACUCGAUUGAUCAAGAGAUUUCGCCUAAUAAGGAGACCAAGGACGUGCCACCGUCAGGCAAUCUAGCCAGUAAACAAAACCUAUCAUCCUCGCCUUCUGAUAAAACCGUACCCAUCGAUCCUAAUAACUCGAUUAAUCAAGAGAUUUCGCCUAAUAAAGAGACCAAGGACGUGCCACCGUCAGGCAAUCCAGCCAGUAAACAAAACCCAUUAUCCUCGCCUUCUGAUAAAACUGUACCCAUCGGUUCUAAUAACUCAUUUGAUCAAGAGACUUCGCCUCACAAAGAGGCUAUUAAUAUACCAUCGUCGAGCAAUCCAUCUGAUCCAUCAUCCUCGCCUUCUUACAAAUCUUCUGGAUCUUCACAAAAGAAAACCCCCGUAAUCGCGGCCCCUACAGAUUCAACAAAGGCCGGAUUUCUCGAUGUCAACCCCCACGCAGUAACUGCAUCUUCUCAAAAGACUGGCAUAUCCCCUUCACCACAACCGCCAGUUUCGCCGGUCAUUAUUUUGACGGAUGCCGAUCGACCUGGAUCGGAACAAGGUAACGACAGAAGGCGAAAUCCAAAUGUAUCAAAACAAGGUCAAGUUGUCGAAGAUUCUGAUGCCAUAAGUGUCAAUUCAUCUAUACAUACCAUUAUUUCAUAUGUUGACGAAAAUGGGAAUGAAUUAGACCCCAAUGAGGCUUCUAGUAUUCACAGCAAGGUGAAAUACGUGGACGAGGACGGUAAUCCUGUAGAUGUAAAUACCAUGGACCCUAGAAGAUCGGAGGCUUCCAGUGUUCAUAGCAAGGUGGAAUACGUAGACGAGGACGGUAAUCCUAUAGAUCUAAGCGCAAUUGAUCGUAGGGGAUCUGAAGUUACCAGUAUUCGCAGUAAAGUGCAAUACGUGGACGAUGAUGGUAAUCCUAUAGAUCUAAACACAGCUGGUCGCAGAAGAUCAGAAGUUACUAGUAUUCGCAGCAAAGUGCAAUUCGUGGACGAGGAUGGUAAUCCCAUAGAUCCAAACACAACCGGUCGUAGAAGAUCAGAAGUUACUAGCAUUCGCAGCAAAGUGCAAUUCGUGGACGAGGAUGGUAAUCCUAUAGAUCCAAACACAACUGGUCGUAGAAGAUCAGAAGUUAGUAGCAUUCACAGCAAGGUGCAAUACGUGGACGAGAAUGGUGAUCCUAUAGAUAUAAACACAAUUGAUCCUAGAAAAUCAGAGAUUUCUAGCGUUCACAGUAAGGUGGAGUACGUGGACGAGGAUGGCAAUCCUAUGGAUCUAAGCACACUCGAUCCCAGGAGAUCCAGGGUUAUUAGUGUUCACAGCGAGGUGGAAUACGUGGACGAGAAUGGUAAUCCUAUAGAUAUAAGCACAAUCGAUCCCAGGAGGUCCAGGGUUGUCAGUGUUCACAGCAAGGUGGAAUACAUAGACGAGGAUGGUAAUCCUAUAGAUAUAAGCACAAUUGACCCUGAGAUUUUGGAAGAAAACAUUGACACGGAUACUACAGUCGCCGGUCCAUCCAAUUCACGCCCAAACGAGUUUAGUGAUAAAACUAAAAAGAGGAUGGCCAAAUUCAAAAGAAUCUUUGGGUUUGGUAAAAAAUGA